UCUUCCUACCUGAGGGUCAAUGCUUGUGGCAGACAUAAUUCAUUAAGCAAGUCCCUGGAUUCUCACAGAGCCUGAGCUUGUGACUGGAUUUCAAGCCCCGUGAUUUGAAAGCAAGUUCACAGCUCAGUUACAGUUAGCUAUGUGGCUAGUUAUGCCGCUUAGCGUGUGGCUAGUAGUUGCAGCGCAGCCUCAGCUGUAUGUUUUCCGCUGUGAGCACGUAUCCCAACUUCCACAGCUCAAGUCUGUCGCCUCGGAUACUGUGUCCGAAAGCAGUCAAGUCCUGGCACAGGUUUUCAAGUAAACGUUAGCUAUGUGUCGCCGAAUGGACCUUUCGGUGCUUGAAUAUUUCUGCCCUCGGUCGCCUUUUACUUUGUCUUUAUUAUUCCAGAGAGAGCCCUCCUCAGUUACGUUAAAGCCCUGUACUACACUUCCCCAAUGGCUGCUCCAUCCGGGCUUUGAGCGGCCGCUGCAGUUCACGUCAUUCACCGUGGGGUGGCAAAAGUUUGAAGCAUCUUCUGUUGAACAAACUGGUGUGCUGCACUCACCUUCAGUGCGCGCUCCACUAUGGACCGUAAAAGGGAUGACUGGCACAGGACAAGAAGAGAAAGGAAAACCUACAUGCCACAGAAUGACGGAUGACAGGAGUACUAUGCUGCGCAUCCUUGAGCAGCCUGAGAUGCGAAGAGAAGUGGAGAGACUUCGAACUUUUCAGAACUGGCCAGCAGAUGCACCUGUCACAUCUGGAGACCUGGCCAAGGCAGGUUUCUUUUUUCUAGGCCCCGGGGAUAAAGUCCAAUGUUUCUGCUGUGGAGGGAUUUUAAGAUGUUGGGUACACGGGGACAGCCCGGCCACCGAGCACAAGAGGCAUUUCCCCACUUGCAGUUUCAUACUUGGUCGAGCUGUGGGAAAUAUUCCACUCCAAGUUGGAUCCUCCGACUCUGUGGACGGCCAGCUGUUGAGUCAACUCCAGAGGAUGACUAUGGAUGAGCAGGGGACAGCUGGACAAGCGGUCUACCCAGAGAUGGAGGCUGAAGAUUCCCGGCUCACCACUUUCCACAACUGGCCCACCGAGGCCUCAGUCCAGCCAGAUGUUCUUGUCAGAGCAGGAUUUUUCUACACAGGUCAUGGUGACAAUGUCAAAUGCUUCCACUGUGAUGGAGGGCUGAGGAACUGGGAGCCAGGAGACGACCCUUGGCAGGAACAUGCCAAGUGGUUUCCACGAUGUGAGUUUUUAAUCCAGGCGAGAGGGCAGGAGUACAUCAGCAACAUACAAGAUGCUCAUUUCCAUCUGGGUGAUACUGUGGGUGGAUCACAGACCCUCACAGGCAGAGAUAUCGGAUCCAGAAAUGAUAUGGUCGGAGGUCUGGGAGCUUCCUCGGCCAUGCUUUCUCCGGUCGUGCAGACUGUGCUGCAGAUGGGAUUUGAAGCCAGCCUGGUGGAGAGUCUGGUUCAGACCAAGUACCUUUUGACAGGUCAGCACUACACUUCUGUGUCUGACCUGGUCACUGACGUACUGCAGGCGGAGCAGGAGGAAAGACAGAGGGGGCCACAGAGCAGAGAGCCAGAGUCGAGGCAUGGCUCCAGUGCUGGAAAUGUGAGGACACAAUCACCCAUCAGAGAGAAAGUGAAGGACCCCAGCCCAGAGGAGCUGCUGAGGCAACUGCAGGAGGAAAGGACCUGUAAGGUGUGCAUGGACAAACUGGUGUCCAUCGUCUUCAUCCCCUGUGGCCAUUUGGUGGUGUGUGGCGAUUGUGCUGCCAGCCUGCGUCACUGCCCCAUCUGCAGAGCUGUUAUUAGGGGCAGUGUUCGUGCAUUCAUGUCCUAAAUCUGUAGUGAGAAUCUGUUAUACAGGUGUUGCAUGAGUGGCCUUGAGUUUUCCCCUGUACUCAUUUUACCUUGUACUGAUACUAAAUAAAGAGGAUUGCU